UUUUUCUCCCAGCAGAUAUGGGAGUUUCUUUGGGUUUCUCAGGGUUUACAUCCUGGUACUUAGGGCAGGGGUUUACCGUGCUCAGGUAAUCUGCCAAUGUGGCAGUAUUUUAUUUUUGGAAGGAAAUAUGUGUUGUAUAUAAGUCUGUGUUUUUUCUCUCUCUGCAGGUGUCGGUGGACUCCUCGUCCUCGCUGCAUUCUGGGAUGUGUUUGAUGCGUCAGUCUCGUCUCUCCAGCGGCGCCACCACCGUCCUGAGCGGAGUGUCGGAGUACGAGCUUCCCCACGAUCCUGCGUGGGAGCUUCCUCGAGACAGGUUGACCUUGGGGAAGCCUCUCGGCGAGGGAUGUUUUGGUCAGGUCGUUCUGGCCGAGGCCGUUGGGGUGGAUAAAAACAAACCGACUCGCCUGACUAAAGUGGCGGUGAAGAUGCUGAAAGCUGACGCCACAGAGAAAGAUCUGUCUGACCUGAUCUCUGAGAUGGAAAUGAUGAAGAUGAUCGGAAAACACAAAAACAUCAUCAACCUGCUCGGAGCGUGCACGCAGGACGGUCCUCUGUACGUGGUGGUGGAGUACGCGUCUCAGGGGAACCUCAGAGAGUUCCUGCGGACUCGUCGUCCUGCGGGUCUGGAGUACUGGAGCGGGUCGAGGCAGGAGGCUCUGGACAGUGUGGAGGUCAGAGAGCUGGUGUCUGCAGCGUACCAGGUGUCCAGAGGGAUGGCCUACCUGGCCUCAAAGAAGUGUAUCCACAGAGACCUCGCCGCCCGGAACGUGUUGGUGACCGAGGAAAACGUGAUGAAGAUCGCCGACUUCGGCCUCGCUCGAGACAUCCACCACAUCGACUACUACAAGAAGACCACCAACGGUCGUCUGCCCGUCAAGUGGAUGGCUCCUGAAGCUCUGUUUGACCGAGUCUACACACACCAGAGCGACGUGUGGUCUUUUGGAGUCCUGUUGUGGGAGAUCUUCACCCUGGGGGGGUCUCCGUACCCCGGCGUCCCCGUGGAGGAGCUCUUCAAGCUGCUGAAGGAGGGACACCGCAUGGAGAAGCCGUCUGCAUGCACACAGGAGAUGUAUCUGAUGAUGAGAGACUGCUGGCACGCCGUCCCGUCCCGCAGGCCCACCUUCCUGCAGCUGGUGGAAGAUUUAGACCGGACGCUUUCUCUCAUGGCCAACCAGGAGUACCUGGAUCUGUCCCUCCCUCUGGUCCAGUACUCUCAGGUGGACUCCUCGUCCUCCGAUCAUUCCUCAAACUCCACAUAGACGUCCCGAGACGACCACUUCUUGUUUUUCUUUCUUUGUCUCUCCUGGAUCACCUUGGAUCCUGAAUCUGGGCGGGAGGCCCGGGCGAGCUGCUUCUCUGUCAGCGGCGGCCUGAUGUGAAGAACAGCUGGACUGAGCUGGAUCCUCAGCGAGGCCAACACACACACACACACACACACACACACACACACACACACACACACACACACACACCAGCCUCUGAUGGACUGUGAGAGCUGGUUACUUCCUGUUCAGAGCUUCAGCUCAUAACGAUGAUGUCAGUGUGAAUAUUGUAAAUAAUAUUUGUAUUCAGAACAAACUGGAUUUAUAAGAAAAGUCUGAAAUGAUAAAAAGAUUCUUUAUAACAGUCAUAAGAGGAAAACCGUCUGGAAGUGUUUACCCAGCUGUUGCUUUUAACCCAUUAAUUUAUUGUUUUGAUGUCAUGUGAUGUCAUGUGAUGUCAUGUGGAGUCAUGUGGUGUCAUGUG